AUGCAGGGGCAGGGUCGGCAUCCCGUCAGUCAAAUGGAAAAAUACUACUACUACUACUACUACUACUACUACUACUACUACUACUACUACUACUACUACUACUACUACUACUACUACUACUACUACUACUACUACUACUACUACUACUACUACUACUACUACUACUACUACUACUACUACUACUACUACUACUACUACUACUACUACUACUACUACUACUACUAA